GUAAGGUAGGUAAGGUAGGUAAGGUAGGUAGUGGGAGCCCCUCCAAAAUAAUUAACUACCUUGAUUUCUACCACCUUUCACUCAGGUAAUUCUACGUAUCCGUACAGACGUUCUAAUUGUCUUGCCAGUCUGUACAACAAUACAUCACUACGCCGCGUCGCUAGAACGUUGAAGGGCGGGACUCUGUAUAAGAUUGGGGGCAUUUCUUCGUGGGCAAUGCGCAAAGCAGCAUCGACUCUGGAGUGACCGGCAACAAUACUUAGACACAGCAAUGACUGACACUCCGCAGCCUGCGGGUCCUGGCGGCUUCUUUCCGUUACAAUCUCUCCCUUCACCUGCUCCUAGCAGUGCCUCGGCGCGCUCAAGUGCGGCUUUGCCGCAUCCCCGCGCCAGAUCGCUCCGACCCGGUUCCAACAGGGAAGAGACGGUACGCCGGUAUGUUGAGGAACGACUCGCCAUCGUUAAUCGCCGUUAUGUCAAGAAGCAUGGCAAUACCGAGCCCGGAGACGAUGUCAUAGGCUAUAAGAGCUUUACGGAGCUUUGCAAGGACCUGCAUAACGUCAUCGACGUCCUAUGGCUGUCCGGAACACCGAGCAUACAGAUUCCCUUCCUCUUAAACAUUGCAAGCGACUUCACGCAGUGGAUUGACGCCUUUACUCCUGCCCCGAAAGCUACCUUCUCUGUCUUAGGAAAGCUGGACCAUUGCUUCGCAAGCCUUCUGAUCGGACGCGAUAUCGAUACCAAAGACACUUUGCCCGGCUUUGAAAACGGCAUGAGAGCUGGUAUGUCUAUGACAGACAUGGUGCGAUGCCGUAGCUCGGUGGAGCAGACACGACUGGUCAUUGUGGAGGUUCUCAGCAAGGAACCCGACGGAGACGACGGUACGGAAGACAACGAGACAGACGCACAAUCCACGAAUAGCGACACUGAACUCGAAGAUGCGAUGGACACAACGUGGGACGAGGACGAGGACAGACUAUACAUGGACGCAGCACGAGUAUAUGAACACACCAUUGUGCGGCUAGGUGAGAAGCUUGGAGAUGUAUUUGGACCCGCGGUUCCGGGUGCGAGCAGUGAUAGCAUUUGCUCUGCGGGAUGAAUACGGCCGAAACGGCCCAGCAAGUCCUGACGCGGACCUCGAUUCACAAGUCUAUGCAGCUACGGCGAGCAGGCCGCAGUGCAAACCUUGACACCUACCCAGAAACUGCGCAUGGCGUGCUGCCUGACAUUGGCCAGAGAGAGCCAGGGAAUCUAGCUCACCACUCCACGGAACAGUUCAUGGAGUUUGUCCAACCAGGACGCGGCAAUGCGACUCAUAAGCAGAUGUAAUAAUCGCGUUUGGGCAGCAGUAGCCAUGAAUUGCCUGUUGUUCAAGCACACGGCGGCAUUGCAGGAUACCGUAACGAAAAGUCUCAUUUUCGCAUCGGAAGAGAGGUCGACGACAGUUUCAUGGAGAAAGGUAGCACAUGAAUGAUACAGUCGCGCAUUUUGACGUA